GGCCUGGAGCCGCACCGCGUCGUCGUCUACGGCCGGUCCAUCGGCAGCGGGCCCACCGUCGACGUCGCGUCGCGCACGUCGGGCCUCGGCGGCAUGAUCCUGCAGUCGCCCAUCGCGUCCGCGGGCCACGUCGUGCUGCCGGAGCAAAUGGCCAAGGCGCUCGCGGGCUUCGACCUCUUCAAGAACUACGAGAAGAUCAAGGACGUCACGUGCCGCACGCUCAUGAUCCACGGCCGCGCGGACACCAUGGUGCCCUUCGAGCACGCCCAGAUGCUCUUCCCGGAGCUGCGGAACCAGCACCCGCCGCUCUGGAUCGACGGCGCGGGCCACCACGACAUG